AGCAAAGGGAGAGGAACCCGCCAGACCAGAAACGGAAGAGAGCGCGGGGGAUGUGUUUGGCGUGGGGCGCACUGUUCAGUUGCUCUCCUGGAUGGCUUUAUGUCUCCGCGGUGUUUCUUAGAGUCUCGGCGUUUCUACCUCUUCGCACCCUUUCCUGCCACCCUUUGUCCCCUGGAAGCCCGGAGACAUCAGCGGCUGCAAUUUUGCUACUCGCUGCUCGGCGUGGAACUGUCAGGACAAAAAAUAAUAUCCAAAGAUAUUUUGGCACUAACGGCGCUAUCUGUAGCAAGAAAGUUGAGCAGUGAACUGUUGAGACUUCCAAGGAGACUUCAGAGAACCAAGACAGUGUAAAGGAAAACAGAGAAAAAGACUUGUUAGACAUUAUUAAGGGCACGAAAGUCGAAUUGAGCACAGUAAAUGUACAAACAACAAAGCCACCCAACAGAAGUCCACUUAAAGCUACAACUGGCGGGCCUCAAAGAGCUUUAGGACAUGCUUCAAAGAAGAGAAAUGAGCCCCUGAGUCCUGAGUUGGUGGCAGCUGCAUCUGCUGCUCUGUUUUGACAAGCAAACAAGCCAGAACUGCUCAGGCAGCUCCGUAGCAUGAGGAAGAGUCAGGGGCACAGAGAGAUGGAGAGAGACCUAAUUAGUUUCAAUAACAAAAUAUCAGAUAUGAAAAUUGCCAGAUGUGCUACAGCUAGAGUUAAUAUAAGGCCAGAGCAUCAGAUUCAGUUUGACCAAGGCUAUGACAAUUAUCCUGGCCUGGAGAAGACUGCUGAUCUUAGAAACAGG